AUGGCACAUAAAAACUUAUUCGUCAUUAACAGUAUUAAAAUUCAUUUUUUAAUUAAAAAAGAUGUACCUAACAGAAGUAAUAUUGAAAGAUUGAUUAAGGAAAAUGGUGGAGAAGUAGUGACAAACGCUGAGAGUGCAUACUGGAUACUAGCAGACACGUCGAAAAAACAAAAAUUUAAUAGUAAGGAAGAGGAGGAUAAAACAAUGUCUUAUAAAAUAGUCCUUGAUUCGGUAGAACGAGAAGUACUCCAGAUUCCAACUAAUUAUAAAAAAGUACCUAUAGAGAAAGAAUCUCUUUCACAUCAACAACAAAAGCAACCGAUUUUAAAAAAAAAUCGUUCUAAACGUCAGCAACAUAAAGAACAAGAAUAUGAAGAACAACAAGAAUAUCAAGAACAAGAAUAUCAAGAACACGAUGAACAAGAAACACCACAUCUAAGAAGGAGUUUGCGACUACAAAAAAUACAAAAACCAUCGAGUAAACCACAAAGGGAACUAUCAAAAAAGAAAAAUGUGAAUGUAAUUGUUAAUGUUAUAAUUGACUUGGAUGAUGUACCAUCACCACCACUAAUUACACAACAUUCUGAUCAAAGUGAUGAUAAUCAUGAAUUACCUAGUCGAAUAGUAGAAGAAAAUCACUAUGUUGAUGAUGAUAAUUACGAGGAAAAUUAUGAGGAUGAUGGUAACACUUCAAUCGUAGGAAAACAACAACCAAGAUCACCACCAUCUCCUAUUGAGACUCCUUAUUCUAGGAAAAGGAAAUAUAACAAAAAAGAUUUUUUAAAACUUCAUUCAUCUACUACUACGCUACCUAAUAAAUCAACACAAUUGAAAUCGACAAAAAUAUCUUCUUCCUCAUUAGAAGAACAAUCGAAAUCAUCGCCUAAUACAACACCAUCAACUAUUAGAGGAUCACCAUGUUCAACCAAGUCAAUUUCACCUCUUUCACUUCGUUCACCAUUGUUACUACAAAUGUCAUCACCAGUAAUCCAAUCAUCACCAGUAACAGUCAACAACCCCCAACUCCCAUCAAAAUCACUUUCACCACCCCAUUCUCGUCCUAGAUCUCGACCUUGUUCUGUAUCACCAAAUGAAAGACCUAUAAUUAUCAUUGAAAAUAACAUUCAUAAUCGCUAUCAGAAUAUUGAUGAACGUGAUAAUAAUGGUGUUGUUGUUAAUGAACAGAGACGUGGUAAUGGUGUUUUUGUUGUUAAUGGAUAUGAUAAUAAUAAUAACGGUUCUGUAGUUUUUAGAAAUGUUGACAAUAAUGAUGGUGAUGAUAUUUUGGUGUUAAAUGAUCAAGUUGAAGAAGAUCGAUUAUUGACACAAUAUGAUUCAGAUCGCAAUCUUAAAAAUGCUCGUGAUUUUGAAGAAGAUGAUAGUGAUGACUUCAUUGUUGAUUUUGAUGAUAAAAGAGCCAAAGAACUUUUGAGGUUAUUUGCGUGA